AUGGAAUUUAUUGAAAAAAUUGUCAAUGAAUCGGAUAAUAUCACGGAACCACCAAACAGCGAGGUGGCCGACACUUCCACCUCAGAUGGCUUGGACAGAAUGAGCGAUUUCGGAGUUCAAGAUUCUCAGGAACACAGCGAAACAGAGCCUGCAGAAUCUCUUUUGGAAACUCAAGAGUUGGGAUCACGAGCGUCUGGUGUUUCAGAGGCACUCGUCGAAACGCAGGAGCCAAAGACGUCAGGACCAACUGCCUCAAGUGCGAUGCUGGAGGUGCAGCCUCAGGACACUACGGAAACAAGUGUUGCAGAGAGUGAUGCUUCGCCUACCAGUGAAGAAACAACAGAGACAAAACCAAUCACCCUAAGCCACGACGACCAGAAACAGAAAACACCUGAAAAGGGUCAAGUGAACGGCAUGGAGAGAGAAAAUCCUAAAACCAGACUGAGGAAACAAAACUCUGGCGUAAAAUCACCUCUGAAGAGGCCGUUUAUUCAGGAUGCAGAACCACAAGUGGUUAUUCGGAGAAUGUCGAAAAAACUGAAAGAAGCAGACGCGUCUCUUGAUUCAUCUGUUAAAAAGAUAUCCAAGAUUCAAGCUUCUUCUCCAAAACAUAGAACCAGUACUGAUUCGUCAAAAAGGAUAAAUCGAGGAAACUUAAUGAAGACGCCUUCCAAAACGCGAAUCCCGAAAGAGAUUGAUCCGUAUCGCUUCGAUGAAUCAGAGGAUUCGGUUGCCGAACCUCUGAAGCAUCUCUGCUUGACCAAAGCAACGCGAAACGGGAAGAACGACUCCGUCAGUCCUAAUUCGUCAAGGACGCAAACGUUUGGUUCUGGGCGACGCAAGGGAUUGGCGAAACGUCUCCAUGAUGCGUCUGGUGAUUCCGCUGGCUCGUCUGACCAUUACAUGUAUCGCGUAACGGUGCUUGAAAGGACAGUUGUGGAAAGGUUGGACUUCGACUCGUUGAAAGUAAUUAAGAAAGUCGUCAUAGAUAAAGUGCAGAGUACAAAACUGACGUCAAAGAUUAACGCUCGUCUUUAUCGGCGUUUAGAUGGAUCAAAAGUUUAUGGACUUAAAGUCAGUAAAAGUGUUUCUUCUACGCAUGAAGGCGAAGGAUCCGGGUCUGCGUCUCUUUUUUCUGAAGAAAGUUCUCAAGUGAAGAAAAAUCCUGUGCCUAAAGUUAGAGUUGGUUCCCCAAAGUCGGAACGACGAAAACGAGCAAAAACAAACGACGAAUCACCAAUGAAUUACAGUUACAGAUUAGACGAAAGCGAGACUCAGACGUUAUCUCCCCAGGAACAGAUGAACGUAGAUAUGUCUACUAAUACCUCCAGUGUCCUGCGUCCAGGUUGUCGCGUACUGGCGAAGUGGAAGGACAAAAAUUUUUACCCUGGCAAUGUUCUUCUUAAAGACGGGUUCGGGCGGUACAAGGUUCGAUUUUUGGACGGUGCUUUGCGCGACAUGCCGCAGCCAGAUAUUGUUCCAAUAUCGCACUUCAAAAAGGGUUCAGUGUUGAUGGUGACCACUUUUGCUGAUGAUGGCGAAGAAGAGCUGCAGCCUGUCGAAAUUAUUGAGUGCCCAAGCACUUCAGACAGCCAGGUCUGGUACGAAGGAACGUAUGUCGUAAAAAACAAGAUCACGAACAGUACUGAAAAAGUUUCUUGGACGAAGUUGGUGAUUGAUGUGGAUCAGACGAAAAGCUUUGUCACUAGCUUCAUCAACAAAGCGGCACAAGAUGUAGUGACUGAAAAUAUAACGGAAAGUCGACAGAGGCGAAAUCGCGGAGUAAAUACAUCAAGAUCUUAUUCUCCUGAUUUGGAAGAGAUAAAGCGAAGGAGGAAGGACGUUUUGGAAUUGUCUGUGACUAAGGGCGUGUCCACUCCUGAUACAUCUGUCCGAAAGAAGACUUUGAAAAAAACCGAAACUGGGGCCGGAACUCCAAAAGUUGUCCGCAGUACGAAGAACGAAGAAAAGCCACCGGUUCCUUUUAUGAAGAAGCUAGUGCGUCAGCUGAUCGAAGAGCGAGGCGGACAGGUUUUGGAAGACUUUGAUGCAGACAGAAGUAACUGUUUCCUGAUCGCUGACAAAUUUUAUCGUACACAUAAGUAUCUUUCUGCUCUGGUGUUUGCUGUUCCAUGUGUCAGUCACAUUUGGAUUCAUAAUUGUGUUUCUGAGAAGAAGCUGCUGGACUACAAAAAUUACGUAUUACCAGCCGGUCUAAGUUUGGAAACUGGCCGCAUUGUUGAAUGGCAUUCAGAGUGUCCACAUCUCUUAGACGGUCUUACCAUCCACGUCCAUACUGAGAAUCACCCAAACAAUUUGGCGGCUUUAGAUUUCGUGCAGAUCUGGGCUCCUCUGUUGAAAUGCAUGGGUGGUGAAGUGCUUCCAAUAAUGCCUGAUCCAAGUGAUCCAAGAUCCAAGUUGGAUAUCCUUUUGACUGAUGCCAGUUGUACAAAAGAGUUGUUGGGUGUUGCUGAGAAGCUAGGUGCCGAUGUGGUUUCGUCCGAAUGGCUGAUUCAGGCGAUUAUCACUGGAGAACGCCCCGUCGCAAGCAACAACGUCAAGUAUCGUUUCGACUACGUCGAGUCAGCGUCCGAGUCCUGA